AUUUAGCCAUAAAGGGUAAGGACAAAUAGGAAGCAAAAAAAACCGAAUUCGAAACAUUUACGUGAGUAACUUUUGUUUGGAGAAAAGAGCAAAAGGCUUUCUAAAGACGAUUGGAUUGAGAUCAGCAAUAUCAGCGUAUGUGCUCCUAUUCUUCCUUUAGUAGAUACUAAGGAAAGUGGUAAAUAUACCUGAAAUUUACAUUUGUAAAUCGUUGUACUAUUCAGCAGGUGAAUAGUACUCAGUCACUUUUAUUUUAUUUUAUUUUUAUUUCUAGAAAAAAUAAGCACCUAGUAAAUAUUAUUACCUAGGGUCACUUUUUUCCUAUUCAGACUUUUUGGAUUUUGCAACUUACCUAUUUCAUACCUUUUAUACUUGUCUUUCAUGACAGAACGCAACCCUUCACAGCAGUUUGAGCCAUCUACUCCGACUCGGUUACAAAAGUAUCUCUUGGAGAGCGCAGAGAGACACGCAUAUGAUUCGAACGAUGAAUCAAAGGCUCAUCUCUUACAAGAAGUGUAUCAAUCCUUGUUGAACUAUGAUGAAAGCAAUUGGAAAUAUUUCUUGAAAAAACAACCUCAAAAUAUCACAUCAAGUUUUUCUCUUUCAAAUGCGCAGCGGGCAGACCCUGAGUACUUUGAUGAAUUACAAAACAAGGGUACUGGAAGUGAAGUGUGCGGUCAUGUUUUUCGAGACGGCGAAGUUAUUUAUCGCUGUAAAACUUGCGGUGCUGAUAGCACCUGUGUCUUGUGCGCGCCGUGCUUUCGUUCUACAAAUCAUGAGGGACAUGAAACGCACGUUUCUAUAUCAACUUCUUUUAGUGGUGUCUGCGAUUGCGGAGAUCCUGAGGCCUGGAAAGUUGAUCUCCCUUGUAAAAUUCACAGUAGCCAUUCGGAGAUAAAAGAUGACUCUUCUCCCGAAAAAUGCAUUCCUUCUGAAUUACAAAAAUCAAUUACCGAGACCGUUCGGAUUGUGCUUGAUUUCGUACUUGAUGUGUUUUCUUGUUCGUCUAAUAAUUUGAAAGCCCAACAGUCCAUCGAGGGAAUUUUGGCUGACGAGGAGGCCUCACGUCUAAGUACCACUAAAUACGGUUCUGUUGAUAAGUCUUGUGAUGUUUUUCGUGUAAUGCUUUGGAAUGACGAGUUUAAUACAUUUGAGGGCGUUGUUAGUUGUGUUCAACGUGCAGUGAAUACCGCUAGCGAAAGCUUUGGUUUACAAGUAGCUCAACGCGUAGACUCAAUCGGUAGAUUUUCUAUUAAAACAUCUACUUCUAUUGAGGAGCUAUUGAGGAUUGCUAGAAUUAUUUCUAGCAACAAUCUUGCGGUUAAUGUUCGAUCUGCAAGAGAUUUCUUUCGUGAGGAUGACUGCAGUACUUUACUACACUGGCUUGAGGAUUUGUUAGACUCUCAUGUUUGCUUUUUUCCAAAUUACAUCCAAACUGUUUUCUGUAACGAAAUGUUGAAGCAGUGGUCUCCUGGUUUAGAAAAACCCACCAACCCGUCUUUGAAUUUUAACAAUCUCCCAUUAGAAAUUGCGAACGAUGAUGACAGCGAGGAUGAAUUUUAUGCUGCUGAGGAACUCUUGGGAGUUAUUGCCAACCUUGAAAACAAUAAUAUGCCUACUGACAUUACGGGCAUGGAAGUCGAAGAUAAUGAUGCCGAGGCAGCAGAAACGGGGUUUAAUCCAGGUCCGGAAAAUGAUGAUGAAGAUGAUGAAAAUGCUAUUACUAUGGAUUCAGAAGCUGAGCGUGAGCUGCUGAAUGACUUAGAUGAUGAAAAUGCUAUAGAUUCCCCGAUGAAUGAUGUUAAUGACGAACAAGAUGAAGAGGAAGAAGAAGCAGAAGAAGGAGAACAAGGAGAAGAUAAUGGAGAUUUUCAGGAGAAUAAUGGUGGACAAGGCAAUGCCGAUCAAACUACACCAGAACAAGCUACAACGCCUUUGCCUCCCCCUCCCAAUGCUGGCCAGACUGUAGUUACGAUAAGACCAGAGUUUAAUCCCCAGUUACUAAACAAUUUGCGUCAAAUCAUUACUUCUCGUCGAAGGCCACGUCCCAAUAUGACCUUUCAAGUUCCUUUGCAAGACGAAUAUUGGCAAAAACCUGCUUCAUAUAAGCCUUCUAAAUUUAAGGAUAUAGCUGAGUCUCCUUAUCACACUCUUCGUUUGGAUUAUUUAUUACUAUUUGACUUGAAGUUUUGGAAGGAAUUGCGCACUCUAUUGUCACGACUUUACGUUGUCCCGUUUAAUAGAAACUUGGCAUUCAAAAGACUUAUGGGUAUAAGAUUUGCUAUCCAUUACAAACAUCUUGCCACUGCAUUCGUACUAGCGGAUCGGGAACCGGAUCGUUCAGUCAUGUUCCUUUCUGUCCAAUUGUUUACUACUCCUAGUAUUGCAGAGACUGUCGUUCAGGAUUAUGAUUUGCUAACUGACAUAAAUUCUGCAGCCGUCUCUCUUCUUGUGCAACCAAGUGGUGGUGAUACCGAAGGAGCACAAAAAAUAAAGCUUAAUGAACAAGUUUUAAAGAGCCGUCGAACAUUUAAUCUUUUCCACGAUUUGAAGUACUUGCUUCAGGUCCCUCAGGUUAAGAAGAUAAUCACUAAAGAUUCUCGUUAUAUGCAUCAAUGGGUUGACUUGUUACGCGUUUUCCAAGGAAACUCUCCCCAGAAACGUGCUACGCACUCGCAUGUCCAAUGGGAUAUUACACGCCUAAAAAACAUUUUUCUUUUGCUCAGAUUGGCUGAAUUAAGUGAGCAGGUUGCCUCUUGUUAUGAUACUGCAACAAGCAGUGAUUUGCAUCAAGCUAUUCAAGUUUUGAUAAAAGCUAUUGUUGAUCCUAAGGAUGAUGUUUCUGAUCCCCGUGAGCCACUAGAUUGCAUUCCGAAUGGUUCAUCCGAUUCUUAUAGUUCUCGGCUUCCUCUUAAACCUUUCUCUGUUUCAGCCGACCCUAUAAGCCUUAAUCAUCCUUUACAUUGGGCUUUGGCGACAGUGCUCUCAAAUUGUGAUUCAGAUAUUCUUGAUUCAUUCAAUGAGGAAACAUUUUUUGCAUUGAUUGACCAUCCCUUAAGAGUUAUUGCUUUUUUGAUGCAGGUAGAUGCUAAUCUUUGGGUUCGAAAUGGACAUAAUCUCUUGCUUACUACUCGUUUCUAUCGUCAGCUCUAUGUUUAUCUACAAGAUUUUCGUGAACCCUUCCCAGGAAAUAGAGAAUACACUUUUGACAAGGAUAUACUAUUAAUUCAGAAAAUACUUUCUCAAGUCAAUCCAGACACGGGUUUAAAGGCUAUUUUACAAAGGUUUGAGUUUACCGAUUGGGUCUUUGAUAGAAAAUAUGAUGGACAUGAGCAUUAUGAUUCCGAGAAAAUACCUAAACUUUUAGGUUCAUUGCUGAAAUUCUUAAUUACUUUAAUAACUGAGCGAGAAAGCUUAUUGAAGAUGAGUAUCCAAGAUACAAUUCGUGUUAGGUUAGCCCACGAAUUAUGUUUUGGACCUUUGACUUAUUCGGCACUCAUAUAUAAAAUUUCAAGCAAUUUAGUUGAAGAUUCAUCAUUUGAUUCAAUUAGAGAAGAAAUGACUAACUAUAAGCCACCUGAUGGUCUUCAUGAUUUUGGUUUAUAUACACUCAAGGAUGAAUACUUUGAUCUAAUAAAUCCUUACAGUUCUUACUAUUCUAAGAAUGAAAGGGAAGAGGCCGAGGCUGUUAUGAAGAAACGCUUGUCUGAUAAAUAUAAUGUUCCCUUGGAAUCUGCCGUUAUUGAACCCAAUUUUCAGUUUCUUGACAAGAAUGGUCAAGAUAUUUUCUUUGCAUUAGUAAACUCUGAUGUAUUUUACUUGGUCCUUCUUCGCGCUCUGGAAUAUGCUCUUCUUAUUUCAGAUAAACAAGAGGAUGUGGACAAUAGUGAAACUAUUAUUAAUGAGGCUCUUCAACUUUGUUUAAUUGCCUCUAGGAUCAAUGACUUUACUGGUUCAACGACAUUUUAUACGAAACAUUUUCUUGGACAACACCCAAUUUCUACGGAUAACCAAGAAUCUGAUCAUUCAAGCUAUUGUUUGGCUGAAUUGUGUCUUAAGGUUGUAAAAUCUUCCAAACUUAAGUCAUUACAUCCUAAGGCUAAUUAUAUGUUGGAUGUUUUAAAAAGAUCUGGCACAGCUACUUGUGCUAGCAUCUUACAGCAUGCUCGAGUAAAUUCUGAAGAAUCAAGCGUUGAGGAACCAGGAGCUGACGAAAUAAAACGCGUUGAAGAGAAGAAGCGGAUUGCAUUGGAAAAACAGAAAAGCAUUAUGCAGCAAUUUCGAGCUCAGCAAGCCUCUUUCAUGGCACAGAAUACAGAUUUCAACGUAGAAGACGAUGAUGAGUUAGUGGAUACGAGUAGGCCGCCUUUCAAACAGCAUGAACACUUGCAUGGAAAUUGCUUAUUAUGCCAAGAGAGUUGUAAUGAAGAAGCACCCUACGGAAUGUUAGCAACCGUUAAUAAGAGCAGCUUUUUAAGAGAGACUGCAAAUACAAAGGAAGCUCUUCAAGAAUUAUUCACCAUACCUUCUAGUUUCAAUGCUCAACUGCCAGACCGUCUGUCUGGAGAAAAGGCUGAAACAGUUGCUCUACACGAAACAAAAACUCGUAUAUUAGGUGCAUAUCCUGUGAAUCAUAAUAUUGAAGGCCUCUAUGUUUCUAGUUGUGGUCAUCUUAUGCAUACUAGGUGUUUUGAUACAUAUGCCAACUCAAGGCUCCUCAGAAGAAGUGAUCCUUCAACUUAUAUAAAUGACAAACAUAAAACUACUCCUGCAACCCGGUAUUUUAUGUGCCCUCUGUGUGGUUAUUUAUCAAAUGUCAUAAUUCCAACGACUCAUACACCUAGACUUUGUCUUCGUCUCAACGAUUAUGGGGUCGAUAGAGAUUUGGAAGCUUUUCUAAGAAGUUUUUCUUUCAAAAAUAACGAAACUUUUAAUCACCAUUUGUUCUCCACGAGCAACGACGUCGUUAGAAACGUAGCUGAGAAGUCUUUGAACCGUCCUUGGAUUAACACAAGCCAAAGUGCUGUUAUACCGAAGGAGGAAAAUGUCAUGACUGAUAACGGGGAUGCUCUGCAACGGUAUUUCUCCGUUAUGGAAUUCUCCGCAUCCAAGUUUCAUGGGGACAAUCCAUCAAAGGGAAGCUUAUCAGAUGAAAUGUUAGAUUCUCUAAGCUAUAGCCUUGCUUCAGUAGAAGUUAUUUACCGUGGUACACCUACCAGUCAGAAUCAUGACGCUCAGAUUUGGAUAAACGAUAUCGGUUCCAUUAAUUCAGCAUUUCUCUUGUCAUUUGCUGAAACAGUCAUGAAGGGCUUAUGCCGUAAAGUUGCCAGUUCUACUGACGCAGCUUCUGACUUCGUACGAACCCAAAAUCGUCAGGUUUGCAAAUUGUUUUACGGAAAAUCCGAUGUAAAGGAAUAUAUGCUCCAAUUUUCUAAUACAUUUAAAGCCGAUUUUUUCAAACCUUUACUUUCUUCCAAUAUAUUUAGCGAAUUUGUCAAAACUAUCACUCUUUUGAUAAUAAAUGAGCAGCAGAGCCACAGUCUCUACUACGCAGAACUUUACUAUAUCGCUCAUAUUUGCAAAAUUAUUUUGGAGACUAGCUCCUAUUUGGAACAGACUGAUGCUUUCGCUGAACCUUCAAUUGAGUAUAGUGAUACAGCAAAGGGCGCAUUCUAUCAAUUCUGCUGUAAUGUAUUCCGUGCAUGCGGUUAUGAAGAGAGAUGUCGCAUUUUAGACAGUAGUGUUGCUUUUUCAAGACUGCUCACAUUAGUUGAGAAGUUUAUGCUCCCUUUUUUAAGAAGAGUAUCUUUGGUUUAUUAUUGUUUGUUGAAUGUUAAUUUUGAGGAAUCUGGCAAUGGCGAGCUUAAUGAAAAUACUGAACUUACUCAUCUUUGUGAACUUUUGGAACUUCCUACCUUGAGCGAAAUGUACAUAAGAUUAGGAAAUCAGCAGUUUCCAGAACAACUUCAAGUUAUUAAUGGUUGGUGCCAACAGUUUGCUGAAGACAACUCAUCGGCUAGUAAGCCAAGAUUGGAAUUUCCCGGUGUAUAUGAACUUUUGAAACUUCCUUCUAGAUUGGAAAAUUUGAUGGAUAUAAUGCAAGAAUCUAUUUGCUGUAUGUGUCAUAAAACUCCAGUUUUACCAGCUGUAUGUUUACAAUGUGGAAGUGUGGUUUGCUUUAGUGCUCGUCAAACCACUACUGCAGCGCAAAGACAGCCUGGUGAGUGUAAUGUCCACUCCAGAGAAUGCUCUGAUGGUAUAGGUAUCUAUUUCCUAAUAAAGAUGUGUGGAAUUCUAUUCCUGGACGGAAUUAGUGGUGCCGGUAUGGUAGUGCCUGCUCCAUAUUUGGACAUCCAUGGGGAGACCGAUUUUCGAUUAAUCCGAGGAUGUCCUCAAUUUUUAAGUCAAAAACGUUACGACCAUGCGGUUCGUAAUGCUUGGCUAAGACAAAUGGUCUUAUCAUUGAUUACCCGCUCUGGAGAUUCAGGUUCUCUGCAGGUUUAUGACAUGGCUUAGACAUAAGUAAGGAUUCUGGAUUAUGCUUUUUGUUAGUUUUUAUUACUACCGUUACUUAUCGAAAAGGUAAAGUUAUGUGAUAAUUAAGUUAAUAAAAAAAACACGAAAUAGAGAAAGAUGUACAUAUAGUUUUAUGAAAAAGUGGUUCUUGUUGAUUCCAA